AUGAUCUCCAUUCGAACUCUACUCUUCGCCACUCUCCUCCUCGUCCUUGCCGUUCUCUGUGAUAUGGCCGCAGCUCAAUCAGAUGAAGAGACGCAGUUCCUUCGACAAUUCCGAGCGCCGAGCCCAAAAUUCAUCCGCUUCGGACGAGCCGGCCAGAAGUUCAUUCGAUUUGGAAGAAGUGCGAAUACUUGGGACGACUCAGCUUUGGACGAUCCUGAGGGAAUCGACUUGGCGAUGGCGAAACGGGCCGGACAGAAAUUCAUUCGAUUUGGC